AUGCAAGAUCCAUUCUUGAGAAAUUCAUUUUGGGGAACAGUUUUAAAUUACUUAUCUGGUCAUAAACUCUUCAUACAUAAAGAAGAAGAAACCGGAUAUGCAAUUCCUAAAAAGUACUUGAUAAUUAGAGAUCCAAUAGUUGAAGAAUCUGAAAUUAAUGAUGUUAUUAGAGUUAAAAGUCUAGCGGACGAGGAACAAAUCAUGGAGAGUUCAAAUGAACCAGUCAACAAUGACAAAGAAUCUGAUAGCAAACUGAUUAUUGUUGAUUGGGACGGUUUCUUAACAGUGGCAGUUUAUAUGGGUGCAGCUAUCUAUACUCCUGGUGUUGAUCAACUUAUCGAAAAAUUUAAUAUUAAUCAAACCCAGGCAACAAUACCAUUAACUAUGUUUGUAGUAGGGUACGGUGUUGGGCCUAUCUUUUUGUCUCCAAUUACAGAGAAUGCAGCUAUAGGUAGGACUUCUACUUACAUUAUUACUUUAUUCAUCUUUUUCAUUCUUCAGAUUCCAACUUCUCUAUCCACAAAUUUUGCUGAGUUAUGUGUACUUCGAUUUCUUGCCGGAUUCUUUUCCUCUCCUGCAUUAGCAACCGGUGGAGCUACAGUUGGGGAUGUUAUCACAUUGCCUUAUUUGCCAACUGGUAUUGCAGCCUGGGCAACCACUGCCUUUAUGGGUCCAGCUUUUGGUCCAUUGAUUGGAGCGGCAUUGGUUGUUAGAGGUGGGCACGACGGAUAUGAAUCAUGGAGAUGGCCAUUUUGGUUCAUGGCUAUCAUCAGUGGUACUUGUUUCUUAAUAUUAGGAUGGACGUUACCUGAAACGUAUGGUAAAGCAUUAUUAUACAGAAAGGCAAACCGAUUGAGAAGAAUCACAGGUAAUAAAAAUAUUGUUAGUGAGGGUCAUAUUGAAAAUUCAAAUAGAACCAGAAGGGAAUUAGUUGUUAAAUCAUUUUACAGACCUUUGGAAAUUACAUUGCUUGAACCAGUGGUGUUAUCUAUCAAUAUUUUCACAACUUUGGUUUAUUCAAUUAUGUAUCUUUGGUUUGAGGCUUUUCCAAUAGUAUUUCAAGAAGUUCAUAGUUUCAGUUUAGUCGAAUUAGGUCUCAGUUAUAGUAGCAUUAUAGUUGGAGUAGUUUCUGGAGCUGUUGUAUAUGUCCCAUAUAUGUAUCAACAUUUCACAAAACGUGUUCUUCGCGGUGAUAGUAUCACUCCUGAAAUUUUUAUUCCAAUGGCUAUUUUUGGUUCACUUUUAAUGCCUAUCGGUAUUUUUAUUUUUGGUUGGACUUCGUCCCCAGACAUUCACUGGUUCCCUCCACUUGUUGGAGCUGCUAUAUGUGCGGCAGGAUCUUUUAUAAUUUUUCAAACUUUGUUGAAUUACAUGGGAUCAUCGUUCUAUAGUUACUUAGCUUCAGUAUUUGCAAGCAAUACUCUUUUCAGAUCUGUCAUUGGUGGAGUAUUUCCCUUAUUUGGAAAGCCGUUAUACGAAAAUUUAGGAUCAAAGAAAUUCCCUGUAGGUUGGGGUUCUUCAGUUUUGGGGUUCAUAUCUCUUGCAAUGGCCCUGAUUCCUGUCUAUUUUUAUUUUAAUGGUCCCAAGUUGAGAGCCAGAUCUAGAUAUGCUAGUUAG